AUGGCAGCUGAAACGAGGAAGCGGUUUUCGGGGUUAUACUCGAUGAGCUCGUUGGUGCACUAUGAGGCGUUUGUGGAUGACUGCGCAGAUAUAUUCUCGCGGCGACUUGAGGAACACGCGGACAAGAGGCAGGGGUUGGAUAUGGGGCAUUGGUUCCAGUGUUAUGCGUUUGAUGUUAUUUCGAGCAUUACAUUUGGUGGGAGAUUCGGCUUCCUAAACGAAGGCAAAGACAUCGAAGGCGCCAUGGCUGCUCUCCAGAAACUAAUGAUGUACAGCACUCUCGUCGGUAUAUACCCGCAAUGGCAUCCACGACUCUUCGGACCACUAAGCCGGUUCAGUUGGUCUGGGGCCGGUGGACGGGCGUACAUCAUGCAAUACGUACAGGGGAAAAUCGCACGGCAUAGCGAGGUGAAAUCAGACCCCGAAGCUGGCCCCGGAAUACAAACGCAGGAUUUCCUGGAGAAAAUGGUUCUGGCGAGGGAUAAGGACCCCGAGAAAGUUACUGAUUACCAUCUGUUCAUGAUGGGCCAGUCGAAUGUGAUCGCGGGGUCUGAUACGACUGCGAUCAGUCUGUCUGCGAUAUUGUACCAUUGUCUUCGGAGUGCGGAUGUCUUGCGUAAAUUGCGGAAGGAAAUCGACUCGUUUACCGAGCAGGGGCGGUGCAGUGAGAAAGUUACGUUUAAGGAAAGCCAGGAGAUGCCGUAUUUCCAAGCCGUCAUCAAAGAAGCACUUCGAAUGCACAGUGCAACUGGGCUGCCGUUGUGGAGGGAAGUUCCUGCUGGUGGAGCGAAGAUUAGUGGACGGUUUUUUCCCGCCGGGACGGUCGUUGGGAUUAAUACUUGGGUUGCGCAUUAUAAUGAGAAUAUCUUUCCUGAUGCGAAGGCGUUCCGGCCGGAGAGGUGGAUUGAGGCAGAAAACUGUCCGGAGAGAUUGAAGGUUAUGAACGAUAUGUAUAUGCCGUUCGGCCUCGGAUCUCGAACGUGUCUGGGGAAACAUAUUUCCAUUCUCGAGAUGUCCAAGUUGAUUCCUCGGUUGGUGCGGGACUUUGAUUUCGAACUCGUCAAUACAGAGCGAGAUUGGGAGACGGAGAACUUCUGGUUUGUAAAACCGGUGGAUUUCAAUGUUAGCGUGAAGCGCCGGCAAAGCAUCAAGAAAUAA